AUGAAACUCGGUGAAUUCGGGAGACUUCGGAUGACUUCGGCUAUUCUCGCGAAGCGACAACUUCCGCCCAGAGUUACUGUUCUUGUGGACGCGCCAAGAAAGCGAGAUCUGAUCGGACGAUUUGUCUCGCGUAUACAGAAGAAAAAAACUAAUAGGAAACGCAAAUCAAGGGUGGAGAUCGACCACAAUUAUGUGUCUGGGCAUGUGUGUGACGGGAAUCCGUGUAGUGAUAAUGAUUGCCCGCUGUAUAACAAUUUCAAGCUGGGUAAAUAUGCGACUAGAGAGGGUUGGAAGGAAGGACGGCGGAUUAUUGAAUUCGGAACGCUAGUUGAGGCUCUAGAAUCAUGUAGACAGUGCAGAUUGGGCCCGCUGUCAUUAUCUGCGUCCAAUAUUGUUGGGGAGUUGCAAAAAGGCUUAGGGGGAUACCUGUACGUGAAGUGUUUGAACCCAGAAUGCGGUGAGGUCAACACAAUUCCGUACGGCCAGACACACCGAGAGAAGGCAGGAAAAGCGGGGAUGCCGUGUUUCGUUAUCAACACUAAGCUUGGUACAGGAAUGAUAGACUCCAUCGGUGGCCCAGUCAGGCUAAACAAUUUUUUAGCUACUUUGAACAUCAAGCCUGUGAACUGUAGAAGUUUGAAAGUCAUGGAAAGAAGAGCGGGAGUACAUGUUGAGGCUGUAGCUCAACAGUCAACUAGACAGGCAGCUGAUGAGUCUUUCAAAAUGGAAAUGGAAGAUAUUUCACUUGAAGAGAGUAAGGCAGCCUUUGAUGAUGCAGAGGGAAUGAUUGGUGAUUUAGGAGUUUGUCCUUUUCCAGACGCGCCUAUUGAAAUCAAGCAGGAGUUGAUACGCUGUGUAACUUUAGACUCUGACGAAGAGAGUCUGCCACGACCAUGUACACCACCUUUGCUUGGAGAUGCUGAUCCAAAUACCACAGAUAGUUUAGCUACCCCUUCUAACUCGCACCAACUUGUGGAGGAAGUCCGUGAUGCCUGCUGUAAUGCUCCCAAAAAGUGUCUAUUAAAGCAGACCCCCAAGGGAAAAAAGAAAAAAACUUCUUCCAACUUUUCCUUGUAAAACAAGGAAAGGGAUGUCUGUUGCAGCUGACACAGCGUGGCAUAAAAGGGGAUUUGACAGUCUAACAUCGCACACAUUUUUCAUGAGUAAAGCGAAAUAUGGCAAGAAAGUUGUAAAAUCUGUUGUGCGACACAGGACUUGUGGAAUAUGUCAAUGGUGGAGACGAAAUCGAUCCAUGAUGCCGGUUCGAAAACACCGUUGUGUAUUUAAUCACAUUGGUAGUGCUAGAUUGAUGGAAUGCAAAAGUGGUGUUCAAGGUGUUAAAGAACUAUCAGAAGAAGGAACACCUGUUGAAGUUAUUGAGGGGGAUGGUGAUAAUACCAUGUUAGCACAUAUCAAGACAGAUUUAGAUAUAACAUUAAAGAAAAAAUUUGACUGAAAUCAUGUGGUGAAAAACAUUACGAAGAAGUUGUUUGCUGUCAAGAAACUGAGUAAAAGUGUGAUCAUGCAUUUACAGAAAUGUUUCAAAUAUGCAUUUGCUAAAAAUCAGGGAGAUGCGAAAGGACUGGAGGAGAAUUUACGGGCAAUAGUUCCUCACCAGUUUGGUGACCAUAGUUUGUGUGACUCGAAAUUCUGUGGAUUUAAGCGAAGUCCUGAUCAGGCAUACAGCCAUAAGAGUUUACCAUACAAAACAGCUCUAAAGGAUGACGAGAUGAGAUUUAAACUUGAUGAGAUUUUCUCGACAGUCAUCGCCAAUUCGGAACAGUUUGCUGAAUUAGGUUCAAGUCAACAAUGCGAGCAUGCGAAUCGAGAGGUCACUCUUAGAGUUCCAAAGUCCCUACAUUAUGGGAAUUCAGAGGCUCUUGAUUUCAGAGUAGCUGCAACAACAGCUUUCAUAAACGAGGGAAGAGAGUAUAUCACAAAGCAUUUUGAGACAUCUUGGGAAAUCAUGUCAACCAAGAUGCAGGAAUUUCACCAGGGAAAUUCACCAAAGCUUAUGCUGAUGAUCAGAUGAAGCGCCGCAAGCACUCACAAGAAAAGUCAAAGCUGUCCUCUACAAAGCGACGACGCUUGAUCCUGAAACAGGAACGUGUCAUAACACAAGGAGCAAAUGAAGUAUUAGAGGGUGCAUCAUAUCAGUCUGAUAUAGCACUUGAUUCAAAUCUAGAUGUGGAACAGUUGCCAGAGGCAGUGCCCAGUGGGAAUUUUAAAGCUGUUUCAAUCCCUGAGAAUUCUACAUUUGUCGCAUUUGAUUUGGAGACGACUGAUCUAGUUCGAGGAGGAAGGAUGCCUCAUAUUACCCAGAUUGCUGCCAAGACCAUUGGAACCAAUGACAGCUUUUCUGCUUACGUCAUUCCAAAAAUGCCUAUAUCAUCUGCAGCCCAAGAUAUCACAGGGAUUGUGUACAACAACAGUGGCACAAUGACUGUUCGUGGAAAACAUGUGGAACCAAAGACCUUGAGUUCUGCUGUUACCAAGUUAUGCGAUUGGCUAGCCCAGUAUCCGCAUGUGUUUCUAGUUGCCCACAAUGGAAAGACGUUUGAUUACCCUGUGUUCCUGUCUGCAUUGAGCAGUAUCGGUAGUGUGGGCAGAUUCAUGGAUUGUGUAAUAGGACUCAUCGAUAGCUUGGCCGUCUUCAAGAAAAAAUACCCCCGUUUAUCAUCUUACAAACAGGAAGAACUUGCUAAAUCCCUUUUGAAUGCUACGUAUGGAGCACAUGAUGCUGAAGAGGAUGUGAAUAUACUUGUGGACCUUGUUUCACACUCAAAGAUGACCGAAAAGGAACUUUCUACUUUCAGUUUUCCACCAAGCGCAGUUUGCAACCAGCUAAAGUACAACAAGAUGAAAGCAUCCAACUUGCCUUCACUACAUCCUCUUAUUGGAAAAGGAGUUUUCAGGAUCACUAUAGCUGAAAAAAUUGCAGGUUCAGGACUUAAUAUCUCUCAUCUCAGAAAAUGUUUUCAACGAGAUGGGGAAGAUGGGCUUUAUAAUACGUUUGUUUGUAAAAACAGUGAUGGACAGCCCCGUGUUACAAAUACAAAAAAAAACACUAGAGGAAGUGAUUCCCAAACUUGUUCAAGCUUUAAAGUGAUUCUUAAAAUUAUGUAUUUGUAGAUUUGUUUAAUAGUUGAACAUGCCUCUUGGGAAUUAUUUCAUGAAUUAGAUACUAUGACACUUCAGAAAUAUUUAUUUUUGCUCACACAUCAAAUUAUCUAAUUCACACAGAGAGUUGUGUCAAAGUCAAUGUUCAUACCAAUUUUGAUAUGCAUGUAGUUAAUUUGAGAUGUUUUUGCUGAGCUUGUAUAAUUCAUGCAAUAUCAAGAAUCAUGAUUAUAAUUUCAUCAUAUGUUAUUAUAUUUAUUAUUAUGUAAUUAUUAUUUAAUUGGUUGCAAAUUGCACUCGGAGAUAAGCUGAAAGUAGAGAGUUCUUUUCCGGUCAUGUCAGGGUCAAUCUUUGAAAUAAAACUGCAUGUACAGUAUUUAUUUAUGGAAUGCAAAUAUAUUCAUAUUUACAUGUGUAAACUACACAACUUGGUUAUACAAGAUGUUUUCUGCAUUGAAGAAAUCCAUGAGAUAUUUUUUUUGGCCGUGGCUCCUGCAAAAUUAAUUCAAGGCCAUUUUAAUUGAUAGAUACAAUUAUGUGUUUUUUUUAAAGAUUAAUUACAGGGUUAAGGAAAUAUUAACAUUAUUGAACUAUAUCAUCUCUAUGUGGUUAAGACUUUAAAACCAUAAAUUUUACAUAAUUUUUUUUAUUUUUUAUUAAAUCAAAAGCUCUAAAUUGGCACCGUUAUGUGAUGAAGGUCAAUUUAAAUUUGUCAAGGUCAUUGCUUUGAAGGAAACAUUAGCCACAAGAAAUUGCAAUUAAUCAAUUAUUAAGUUUAAUUCAUAAAUAUGUGUUAGGUUUUAGUUAAAAAUGAGCAAAAAUACAUUUUUUUAUGCUUUUAGUAAUGUCUGCAGAGGAAAAAAAUAAGGGGGUAGGCUUAUGGAAAACUGAAUUUCUCUCUUUUCUGUGGAUAAAUUUUUCAUUUUCUUACUUUUUUAUCAAGUACAAAUACUCAUUGAAUUUUUAUACUCAUUUAAUUUGGUUUCCUUCAGUUAACAAAGAUUUUUAAGGAAAAAAAUAUGACAUGGCAUUUUCAAUCUGUAUAUGCUUUUUCUCGGUAGUAUAUCAAUUUCAACCAUUUUUACAGGAUUUACUCUAUUGUUUCAGUAAAAUUGAUGUAUCAAUUCAGUCUUUUAUGGUUUCUAAGCUUUAUCACAGUCACAUUGAUGUCUUUUUUCAUUUUUAAUUCUCAUAAUAUAGAUUUUUUAAAUGUACCAUUUGCUUCUUUUCGUCUUUUAAGCCGCUGAUCUAUCAUUUGAUAUAUCUCAAAUUCCUGUGGAUGAAAACUCAUGAAACUUUCACAAUUUAUGUACUUUGAUAUGUCAUUUAUGAAAAGAAACUUGAUUUUUGAAUCCUGCAUACAGCUCAUUAUGCAUGUAAUACCUUCUCGUGUUUUCAAAGUAUACAGAAUUAUAUGCAUUUUGUCUUCCUUAUGCUUAUAGAAAUUAAUUGUAAUAGUUCGUUCGCUGAAGUAUUGCGAUAAUUUGCCACAAUACGGACUUAAAUCUAAGCCCCGAUUUCAAAAAGCCUAGUUAAUUAGAUAGAUAGUCACGUGGUACAGUGACGUCAUAUGCGACCUUCGUCGAUCAACUUGUAAAAGUAGUGUUAGAUAUUUUUAAAAACUCGGGUUUUAGGGGCCUAAUUUAUUUACCAUGGAUAACAUUUAUUUCGAUGUCGACAAAUUCCCCGAGUCUUAUAUCUUUUAGCCACCAGUGCAUACAAAUAGCGACCCAAAUGUAGCGAGAAAAGCGAGUAUGAAAUCUGCAUAAAUUUGCGAGUAAAUAAUGUUUACCUGGGAUCACUGUCUAAACACAAUUUGGU